UAAUUUUAACCAUGACCAUGAUUUGGAGUGACAAAAACAUGUAUGUCUCAUCCCAGAUAGAUAGAAAAUAGAAUAGGCAGAAACAGAAAGAAACCAUGGCUGGUCCCGGAAAAUGCUUCCUCGUCACGGGUCCUCCGGGUGUGGGAAAAAGCACUCUGAUUAUGAGAGUGUUGGAGUCCCUCAGAGUCAAUUCCUCCAUCAAGCUUCAGGGCUUCUACACUCGGGAAGUUAGGCGCGCAGGCCAAAGGGUCGGUUUCGAAGUGGUCACUCUUGAUGGUCGCACUGCCCCACUUGCGUCCAUCCACUUUUCAAGCCCAGAGUCUGUCGGAUGGCCUAGUGUUGGCAAGUAUAAAGUUGAUGUAGCAUCUUUCGAGUCUCUAGCGCUGCCCGAGUUACAGGUUAGAGAAGACACCAGCCUCUUCAUCAUUGACGAAGUUGGUAAGAUGGAGUUAUUCAGUUCGUCAUUUUUCCCUGCAGUUCUAAGAGUUUUGGAGUCAAAUAUCCCAGUUUUGGCUUCCAUUCCAAUUCCAAAAUUUGGCAGAGACAUACCAGAAGUUGCAAGGUUGAGGAAUCAUGCAGGGGCAACUUGUUUUACAUUGAACGUUGGUAACAGAGAUGCUGUCAGAGAACAGAUACGAUCGCUAUUGGAAGAUCUGUUGAUUAAACACUAGUCAUUGCAAGUUUGUGGUCUGAACUCAACAUGUAGAUUUACAGUUUUUAACCAAUUAUGAUGGUUUAGCACUAUUAAUGUGUAGGAAAAAAAAGUGCAAUUCUUAGUUGAGUCUUAAAUAAGUUGGUGAGUUAGUUGAGCCCUAACCAAGGCAUGAAGGAGGUAUUUAGUGGUUUGAGAUUUGCUAGAGUCAUGUAUGACUUAUCUUCAUGAUUUUUUGUAAUGACUCAAACGUAUGUGACUAUAUUAUGAAUAAAUUAGAUGACUUAUUCUUCA